AUGGCGGCAGCCGAGGUCGACCUUGGCUACCUGUCAGCGCAGGCCAAUAUCUCGCAAGUCGACCUCGAAACGGUCGUAUCAGCGCCGACCGCCGACCUCGUCAAGUCUGUGCUCGCAGCAGUCCUCUCAAAGAUCCGCGAGCUCGAGCAGGACAAGUUUCAUCUCAAUGUCGAGCUGGAGGGCGCAAUUCGGGGCGCCGAGUCCCGCUGCGAGCAGUUCAAGGCCACGUCGGACAAGGCGCUGAAAGAAGUGGAGGAGCUUCGCCAGAAAUUGCAGAGCGAAGAAUCCGCCCGGCGAACACUCGAAAAUGAACUUCAGACCCUCAAGUCCUCGGGUUCCGCAUCGCUCUCGGAGAUCGAGACCCUUCGGGCGCGUAUUGCUUCUCUCGAAACUUCGAACCGCGAAACCUUGGCCAUCGUAGACUCCAAGGCAAGCGCCAACGCUGCCCUUUCCGAGGAACUUCAGAAGCAGCAUCAGAAAAUUCUGAAGCUCAACCAGGAGAUCAACAACCUUAACCAAGCCGUUCAGACUGCCCAAACCGCCGCGAACUCGGCCAAGUAUCGGGAGGAGUCUUUGAAGCAGGAACUCGAACUCGCCAAAAAGAACAAUGACUGGUACGAUAACGAGUUGAAGACCAAGGCCGCUGAGAACCUGAAGAUUCGCAAGGAGAAGGGUGCCCAGAUUGCGCAGCUGCAGCGCGAGAAAGAGGAUGCCCUCUCCACGAUCCAGUCUCUGCAGAAGACCGAACAACAACUUCGAAAGAGGCUGCAAGAGGCUCAGUCCAAGGCGGAGGAGGCCCUUACAAAAGUGCAGCAACUCCAAGAGUCUGCUGCCCGUGCCGAAGAGAGUUUCCGCCAGGAGCUGGAAUCAUCAAAACGCCUUGUUGAGCUGAAGGACCAGCAGGCCCAGACUCACCGUAACCGCUUGAAGGAAGUCGAGCUCCGGUUGGAGAAGGUGAAGGACGAUAGCGCUGAGGAGAUAAGACGGGUCCGCCGCGAGCUUGAACAAGCCAAGGAGGACCUUUCGCAGAGCGAGCAGCAAGUCCAGGAUCUUCAAUCUGAGGUCGAUCGCCUCAGGACUUUGGUCGAAUCACACGAUGGAGUUCCGGGCUCUGUUCCUCAGACACCGAGAGCUAAUGGCUCUCUUCUGGCUCGCCCGUCGUCGCCCUUUGGUACACCGGCUUCUCUCCGUGGAAAGGCUACUCAGCGCGCUACGGAGACACUGGAGGAGCUUCUGAAGGUGAAGGCGCAGUUGGCCAGCGAACAGCGACGCAGCCAGAAGCUUCAGGAGGAUCUUGAUGACGCCGUCAGCAUGCUGGAGGCCAAGCUGCCUGAAAUCGAUGAGCUCAACGCCGAGUCGGAGCGCUUGAGGAACGAGGUCAUCCAAAUGUCCGAGAUCAUGCAGCAGUCGUACGAAGAACGCGACGCUGCUGUCAAGGCUGCUCGCAAGGCCGAGGCUGCUGCUUCUCAGGCCCAAGCCGAGGUCAAGAUCUUGCGGGCGCAGCUGCGUGAUCUUAGCACACAGAUCCAUGUGCUCAUCUUCAAUGCUCAUGCUAAGGAGAAGGGCAUGGAUCAGCUUACGGAGGAGGAGAUCGCUCAGUUCGAGCGUCUCCAGCGCGGCGAGAUUUCGGAGGGUGCCCUUGAGGAUCUAUCGGACACUCACCGUUUCAUCACCGAGAGGUUCACCGUUUUCAAGGACAUUUACGAGCUCCAGCAGAAGAACGAGGAGCUCCUGAAGCUCACCCGGGAGUUGGCGACCAAGAUGGAGAACGAGGAGGCUCUGGCUGCCCAACGUCAGGCAGCCCAGGAGCAUGAGGAGGUUCAGCAGCUCCGCGCUACGGUGGCUGCCCUCCAGGACGAGGUUCGUUCCAUCACUAUCCGGAUGAAGAGUCAUAUGACGGAGCGCGAUAUGUUCCGUCGCAUGCUUCAGCAACGGGCGACACCUGCAGAGAUCCAGAAGGUUCUUGGCACCCAGGCCGAUGGCGAGCAGCGCGAGGUUCUCCCUAGCGUCGAGCAGCCUCAUGCCAACGAAGCCCAGCUUGCCGCGGCCCUCCGGGAGCUGCAGGCACAGUUCGAUGCAUACCGCAAUGACCAGGUCACGGACAGGAACGCGAUGCGCGAACAAAUUGACAAGCUGUCCGGCGAAAAAGGCUCCCUCCAGAGCGAGGUGACGAAACUUUCCAGCCAGCUCACUCUGGCCACCGAACGCUACAACAUGCUGGAGUCCAACUUCAAGGCCCUCCAGUCUGAAAACCAGGAGCUGCAGAAGAGGAACCAGUCUUUGUCCGAGGCUGCUGCUAAGCAGGAUAUUCGCACUCAGCAAGUGGCCGAGGAUCUGGUUGAGGCUCGUGGCCUAGUUGAGAGCUUGCGGAGCGAGAACGCCAACCUCAAGGCAGAGAAGGCCUUGUGGAGGACUAUCCAGGAACGCCUUACCCAGGAUAACGAGAGUCUCGCCCAGGAGAAGACUCGCCUCAACGGCCUGCUGGCAAGCCAGCAGUCGCUGUUGAACGAGCGCGAACUGAGCGAAGCCGAAACGAAGCGCCGACUACAAGCCCAGAUCGACUCUCUCGAGGCUGAGCUCUCGACGACCAAGCGCAAGCUAUCGGAGGAGAUCGAGGAGAGCAAGAAGGUGCAGCUCCGGAAGGAGUUCGACGCUCAGCAAUUCCAGAAGCGUAUCGACGAGCUUACGUCCAUGAUCAGUCAAGUUAAGGAGGAAAACAUCCAGGUCAAGACCACCCGUGACCAUCUGCAAGCCCGUGUUAGCGAGCUGGAGAUCGAGGUGCGGAAUGCCCAGGAACGUGCCGAGCGACUGCGUCCUCUGCCGACACCGCGGGCCCCUGCAGCUGCCGAGCAGCCCAGCGAAGAAGCUCAGGCGCGCAUCGAAGAGUUGGAGGGCGAGGUCCAGGAGCUCAAGAACAACCUGGAUCUUCUUACUGUCCAGCUCGAACAUGCCAAGCAGCAGGCUGAGCAGUUCAAACAGCUCAGCAAGGACAUGGAGGAGGAGCUUUCGAGCCUCAACGAGUCCCACGAGCAGUACCGUCAAGAAAUGGACGCCGCCUUGGCGUCCAAGGCCAACACCAUCAACGAAUUGCAGCAGCGUGUUGAGGCCCUUACCGCCGAGCUCAGCAACACGAACAACGAACUUAACAUGCUUCGGGAUUCGCAGAGCGAUGUCGCCCGGAAGUUCGAGGAGAAGGAGCGGAUGCUCAAUGCCGAGAUCGCUCGUCUCAAGGACGAGGAGGAACGGUACAAGGAGGCCGCGCGCUUCCAUCAACAGGAUCUCCGCGCUCAGGCCGAGAUCGCUACGAAGGCUCAGCAGGAUUACGAACAGGAGCUCGUCAAGCAUGCCGAAGCCGCCAAGUUACUGCAGCAGCUUCGUGCUGAGCACAACGAGCUCAAGACCCAGGCUGCCGCCUGGAGGGCCGAGGCCGAUUCGGCCAAGAUUUCGCUUGCCCAGAGCGAGCAGUCCUGGGAGGAGCGUAGGCAACGGCUCGAGCAAGAGAUUGCCGAAAUCAAGGCUCGUCGCGACGAUAUGGCAGCCCAAAACAAGCUGCUUCACCAGCAGCUCGACGCCGUGACUGCUCAGAUCACAGCCUUGCAACAAAAGCGUACUCAGGGCGACGUGUCUGGUGAGGCCGCGGCGCCCGCGAUUGCUGACAUGGCGACCGAAGGCCUGCGCGAGCUCAACAGCUAUCUGCGCCGCGAAAAGGAGAUCCUGGAGGUGCAGUACGAUAUCAAGGUUCAGGAGGCCAAGAGGCUUCAGCAACAGCUCGAGUACACACAGUCGCAGUUGGAUGAGACUCGCCUCAAACUCGAGCAGGAGCGUGCUUCGCAAGCCGACAGCACGAGGACUUCGCUCACGCACAAGGAGCUCAUGGAGAAACUGAAUGAGCUUAACCUCAUCCGCGAGAGCAAUGUCACUCUCCGGAACGAGAACCAGCGGGCCCAGGCCCUGCUUGAGCAGAAGGCCGCCAGGAUCACGGAACUUGAGGCCAAGAUCCAGCCUCUCGAGGCCCGCAUUGCCGAGCUGGAGCUGGAUAAGGGCUUCAAGGAGGAGGAGAUUCGGCAGUUGCAGGAGGCUCGCGACGGCUUGCAGAAGCGGAUUGAGACGAUCCUCAGCAAGUAUGGCCAGGCCGAUCCUCAGGAGGUCGAACAGCUCAAGGCCAUGAUCGCGGCCUUGGAGGGCGAACGGGAUGUGCUCAAGCAGUCCGAACAGGCCCUCCAGCAGAAGGUUAAGGAGGCAGAGAAUGCCCUGGAGACAAAGACCAAUGAGUGGAAGGCCACUAGGGAGAAGCUUGCGGAGGACUUCAAGGCCCGGUUUAGGAAUAUGAAGACCCAGCGCGACGAGGCCACGAAUGAGAAGAACACUCUGCAAGCUACUCUCGAUGGUGUUAAGGAACAACUGGCGGCUUUGGAGAAGGAGCUCGAGACGACCAAGCAACAGCUAGCGACUGCGACGGAGAAGAACACAAGUCUUCAGCAGCAGCUUGCUGCUUCAUCGACUGAACAACCCGCGGCAGCACCAGUCUCUGCCGCGCCAUCAGACCAGAUCAACGAACUCACACAGCAGCUGCAGGCCGUCAAGCAGCAGCUCGAAUCUGUAUCUGCCCAGAAAGCGGCCGCAGAGGCCCAAGUCGAGCAGCUCAAGCAGGAGCUUGCUGCUGCUAUUGCUGAACGAGACCGGGCCUUGGCUGCGACCAGCGGCGGCGAUGUGGCCACGGCUGAGACUAGCGUGUCUGCUCAGCCAUCUGCAGGCCUGUCGGAUGAAGAGCGCAAGGCUCUUGAAGAGAAGAUCGCUGCGGCCGAGGCCAAGGCUGCAGAGUUCGAGAAGAGGGCCAAGGAGCUUGAGGAGCAAGCUGACAACAUCGUCAAGCAGCGCUCUGAUAAGAUGAAGACGGCGCUCAACAAGAAACUCCAGGAGUCUAAGGAGGCUAUGGAGAAACAAAUUCAGGAGGAGAAGGCCAAGCUGCAAGCUGAGUUUGACCUCAAGCUUCAGCAGGAGCUGGCCAUCAUCAAGGCUGAGCAGCAGACGGCAGGCCCUCAGAAUGGUGUCCCUGCUACUCCUGUCAAGACCGAGGCCAAUGCUGCUCCUGGAACUCCAGUGCCCGAUAUCACCAACAUGACCGACGCCCAAAUUCGGGAGGCUGUUGCCAAGAAUCCGACUAUCUCGGCCAUUGUGAAGAGCAACGUGAAGCGGAUGGUGGCUGCCGAGACGAAGAAGAUCAAAGAGGAGAUAGAGGCUGCUCUCAAGGCUGAAUAUGAGCAAAAGAUCACCAAUGCUAAGGAGCAGGCCACGGCCUUGACCGAGAAGAAGUCUGCUCUCCGGAUCAACAUGCUCGACAGGCAGCACAAGACGGCCCAGGCCAAGCUGGCAAUUGUCGAGACGGCGGCCAAGGAAACACCGCAGAAGCCCGUCGUCGAGGUCUGGAAUAUCGCUAAGGACGCGAAACCUCCGGCUCCUGCCCAGGCCCCAGCCCCGGCCCCUGCCUCGGCAGCUCCAUCGCCAGCUCCUACUCCUGCUCAGCCUGUUGCUCCGGCUACCGCAGCCCCUGCGGCUCCUGCUCAGGCUCCUUCAGCAGCGCCGCCUAAGGAAGAGACUAAGCAAGAGGCAAAGACCACUACAGCUGCUCCUCCUAGUGCAAUACCCAAGCCUGCAGUGAACCCCUUCACUGCUCCUUUGAACCCAUUCGGUGCCCCAGCUCCUACAAGUAACAUCCCCGCUCCUCCUCAGGCUGGGCAACAGCCGCAACAGACCCAGCCUCAGCAACCUCAACAACCACAGCAGCAACAGCAGCAGCAGAAAGGUCAACAACAACAACAACAACAACAACAACAACAACAAGGUCAACAGCAACAACAACAAGGCCAGCAACAAGCUGGUGGUCAGAAUCAACCACAGAGGAUGGGCAUUCCUGUCCCAGCUGGUAGAGGCGGUCCUGGUGGUGCUCGUACCGCGCGCGGUCUCUAUCAGGCCGGCCCGCGCGGUGCACGUGGCGGCCGUGGCGGCGGAUUUGUUGGGGCUGGUCGGGGCGCUGGCGGCGCCGCGGGCGGAUUGAACCCCAAUGCUGGCGAGUUCACCCCUGGGGGUGCUACUGCUACUGCUGCUGCUGCUGCUGCUGCUGGAGGAGCUGGCGGCAGUGCUGGUGCCGGGAAUGCGGGAAACAAGAGACAGAGAGAUGGGGAAGGCGGACAGCCCCAGGGCGAGAGGGGCGGAAAGAGGGCUCGCGGCGGAGGAGGCGGUGGCGGUGGGAACCAGUAA